AUGAGUGGUAGGGAUGAAUCAUCGCGUUCACGUGAUUUUUCAGAUGAAUAUUUUACAAAUGAAUCACUACAACAACAAUUAAAUGAAAAAUCACCAAUUUUAUCAUCAUCAUCAUCAUCACCAACAACAACAACAACAAACCCAUCAUCAACUAAAUAUUAUUCAAAUAUUUUAAAUAAAGUUUCAAAUUUAGUUCAGAAUACAGCAUUAGAUACAAUUGGAUUUAAUGAUUUAAUUCAUAGUCCAUUUUCAAGUAAUAGUAAUAAUAAUAAUAAUAAUAAUAGUAGAUUAAUUACAUAUUGUGAUUUUACAGCAUCAGGUAGAUCAUUAGAAAGUAUUGAAGAAUAUUUAUUAAAUGAAGUUAUACCAUUAUAUGCAAAUACUCAUACAUUAUCAGAUGCAACUGGUUUACAAACUACUCUAUUUCGUAGAGAAGCUAGAGAAAUUGUAAAAAGAGGUUGUCGUGGUAGUAAUGUUGAUGAUUCUUUAUUAUUCAUUGGUUCAGGUUCAACUGCAGCAAUUAAUGCAUUAAUUCAUAUUUUAGAUAUUAAAUAUUUAUCAAGUAUAAAUAAAAAACCAUUAAUUUUAUUAGGUCCAUAUGAACAUCAUUCAAAUAUUUUACCAUGGAGAGAAGCUGGUGCUGAAGUUUUAACUUGUCCUGAAAAUAAUAAUAGUAAAGAGGGAAUAAGAGGAGGAGUUGAUUUAAAUUUUUUAGAAGAAAUUUUAAAAAAAUAUUCAAAAUUAGAUUCAAAAAGAUUAAUUAUUGGAUCAUUUUCAGCAGCAUCAAAUGUUUCUGGUAUAAUUGAAGAUACAAUUAAAGUUACAGAGAUAUUAAAAAGGUAUGGUGCAUUAUCAAUUUGGGAUUACGCAUGUGCUGCACCAUAUAUACCAAUUGAUAUGAAUCCAUUCAAUGAUAAUAGAUAUAAAAAAGAUGUUAUCUUUUUUUCACCUCAUAAAUUUUUAGGUGGUGUUAGUACACCAGGUGUAAUGUUAAUUAAAAAGAAGCUAUUAAACAAUAAUAUACCACAUCGUCCAGGUGGUGGUUCAGUAUUAUAUGUAACUUCAAAUCAAACAACUUAUUUAAGUAAUUUCGAAGAGAAAGAAGAAGCUGGUACUCCCGAUAUUGUUGGUAGUAUUCGUUGUGGUUUAGUAUUUCAAUUAAGAGAACAUAUUGGUAUUGAUAAUAUUUAUCAAUCUGAAAUUGAACAUAGUAAUCAUUUAAGAUUAAAAUUAAAUAAAAUUAAAAAUUUAGUUUUAUUAGGUGAUAAUUCAAUAAAUCAAUUCGAACAACAACAACCACAACAACAAUUACCAAUUAUUAGUUUUUUAAUUAGAUAUGAAAAUGAUCCAACAUUAUUUUUACAUCAUAAUUUUGUAGCAUCAUUAUUGAAUGAUUUAUUUGGUAUUCAAAGUAGAGCAAGUUGUGCAUGUGCAGGACCAUAUUUACAAUGUUUAUUAGGAUUGAAUCAAGAGGAUAAUCAAAAUUUAUUAGAAUCAAUAUUUGAAAAACAAGAGAUUAUUAGACCUGGUAUGGUUAGAAUUAAUGUUAGUUUCACUCAUACAUUACAAGAGAUUGAUUUCAUAAUUAAAGCCAUUGAAUUCAUUUGUUUAAAUGGUUGGAAAUUUAUGCCACUCUAUACUUUUGUUGUUGCAUCAGGUGAAUGGAAACAUAGAAGUAAAUUAAAUAAAUUACCAGAUAGACGUUGGUUAAGUAGUAUUACUUAUAAUAAUAAUAAUGGUAGUAAUGGUAAUGGUAAAAUGAAAUAUCAAUCAAAGAGAAAACAAAUCGAUAUUUCAGAUUGUAAUAAUGAUCCUUCUUUAAUUAUGGAUAAAUUACAUUCAAUUAAAAAUAGUUAUCUUGAAGAAGCUAAUCAAAUCUUAACAAAUCUAUUAUCAAAUCCUCCAAAAAUUUUACCUGAUCAAUCUUCAAUGUUAACAAAUGAUUCAAAUAAAUUAAGAUGGUUUCCAUUACCAACUGAUAUUUCUUUAAUUUUACAACAACAACAAGAACAACAAUAUGAACAAUUAUAUUCAGAUUUUAAUAAUUCAAAAACAAUUUUAUCACCAACACUUGGUAGAGAAAUUAUAAUUAAACCUCAUAAACCAUUAUUACCUGGUACUUUGAUUUUAAAACAAAAUACUUCAUUAUCAACAUCAAUUGAUUUGAAUAAUCAAAUUUAUCCAAUAAUAAAAGUAAUUAAUUCAAUUUCAAAUGUAGAUAAUAAUAAUAAUAAUAAUAUAAAUAGUAAUGAUUUAAAUAAUUUGGAUAAUUCAAAUAAUUCAAAUAUUAUUAAAAAUAAUAAUGAAGAUAAUAAUAAUAAUAAUAAUAAUAAUAAUAAUAAUAAUAAUAAUAAUAAUAAUAAUAAUAAUAAUAAUAAUAAUAAUAAUAAUAAUAAUAAUAAUAAUAAUAAUAAUAAUAAUAAUAAUAAUAAUAAUAAUAAUAAUAAUAAUAAUAAUAAUAAUAAUAAUAAUAAUAAUAAUAAUCAAGUUUGUUUAUUAAAGCCAAAAGAUAUUAGUGGAUUAGUUGAAAGUAAAACUUGUAUAAAUUGUUUCCAUGAUCAUACAGUUGAUAAUAAAAAUAAAAAUAAUAAUAUUAAUAAUAAUAAUAAUAAUAAUAAUGAAAGUUGUAAAGAAUGUAGAUCAUGUGAAUGUGUUUCAUUUGUACCAAAAAUGGAAGGUAGUAAAAAAGAAAGAGAAAAUUUACAGAAAAAGAUAAAUAGUAAUAUUGUACAAACAAUAUUAAAUUAUGAAAUGAUUAAAGAUGGUGAUAAAGUUUUGGUUGGUGUUAGUGGUGGUAAAGAUAGUUUAACAUUAAUUCAUACAUUAUUGGAUUUAAGAAGAAGAUCAAAAGCAAAAUAUACAGUUGCAGCAUGUACAGUCGAUCCACAAUCACCAGACUAUGAUCCAAGUCAAUUAAAGAAUUAUUUCGCUUCACUUGGUGUACCUUAUUUUUAUGUUAGUCAAGCAAUUAUGGAAUCUGCAAAAUCAUGUAUGUUAAGAGAAGGUAUUGAAAAUAAAGCAAGUAUUUGUGCCUAUUGUAGUAGAAUGAGAAGAGGUAUAAUGUAUGAUAUUUGUAGACGUGAAGGUUAUAAUGUUUUAGCAUUAGGUCAACAUUUAGACGAUUUAUCAGAGUCUUUCUUAAUGUCUGCUUUCUAUAAUGGUAUGUUAAGUACAAUGAAAGUAAAUUAUCUAAAUGAACAAGGUGAUGUUAGAAUCAUUCGUCCAUUGGCAAAUUUAAGAGAGAGCCAAACUAGAUUAUUCGCAAAAGUAAUGGGUCUACCUGUAAUCUCUGAAAAUUGUCCUGCUUGUUUUGAAGCUCCAAAAAUUAGACAAUCAAUGAAAAAAUUAUUAGCCGCUCAAGAAAAUGUUAAUCCAAUGAUUCAUCACACUUUAUAUAAAACUAUGCAACCUCUAUUAACAGUUGAUAAAACAAAUAGAACUAGUGGUAGAAGUUUAGAUAUUAAAAAUAUUAAUUCUAAUAACAAUAAUAAAGAUUAA